GUCACCACCAGACAUCAGACAAACGGAUAGACCCCCUCCCUUCUCUCUCUCAAACACACACAGAGAAACACGCACACAGUCAUCUUGAAGGGCUUAUCGACAACAGCUGAUUCCGUUUUCUUGAAAAAUGGAGAGUCUAUCUCUCACCACAACCACCACUACCACCGAUACUUCAAAGUUUAGAUUCUCUAUCCCUUGUUAUAAAAAUCCCAAACUAUACAGAAAUCUUCCUUUCUAUCACAAACGUCAUAGAAAAUUCCUACUUUUUGCCGCUAAAGAUGAAGAUAAAUUUGACAGUUGGGACCAAAUGGAGCUUAAGUUUGGGAAAUUAAUCGGUGAAGACCCCAAACUUACCCAUGCCAAGAUAAUCGGCAGAAAAGCACACCCGGAAUUAUCUUACUUGGAAAUCGAAAAAUUAUACAAUAGGAAGGGUAAUAAAACAGUCAUCAGUGACAUAGAGGAGGUUCCGUUUGAUGUAUCUGAUGUUAGGAGGAAGCCGAAUGAUUCCCUUGAUGGAUUGAAUUUAACUCGGCCAGUACCCAAAAAAGGAGUCAAAUUUGAAACAAGUGAGAAGCCAGUAGUACCCAAAUUAGAGAGGCCAAACCUACCGUUAGCAAAAGGUCUGAAUAAUCCUAGGCAAAGUGUCUCAAAUGCUGAAUUGCAGAAAUUAGAGAGGCCAAACCAACCAUUAGCAGAAGGUCUGAACAAACCUAGGCAAAGUGUCCCAAAUGCUGAAUUACGAAAACCAACUACUUUUAAAGACGAUGAUGGUUCAGGAGCAAUGUUGCCGAGGCCAAAGUUGUCAUUUAAAGUGAGUAAUGAACAGGAGAAAGAACGGUUUACGGAUAUGACAUUGGUGAGGAAGCCUGCACCUUUUUUGCAGAAGGAAGAAACAGAAGUUAUGGAUAACGAUGAAGAAAAUCCACAUGAAAUCCAAACAGAUGUUUCACUCCUACAAAAGCCGGAGUCUUUUUUGCAGAAGGAAGAAAUAGAAGUUACGGAUGAUGAUAAAGAAAGUCCACGUGAAAUCCAAACAGAUGUUUCACUCCUACAAAAGCCUGAGAUCACAGUGGAUCAAACUUAUAAAGAUCAACACGAAUCAAGCAGUUCACGAAAUCUUGAUUUAGCUUCUGAGAUGGAAAAUGUGGCAAAGUUUGAUCCUGAACCAUCACAGGAAACCGGGGAUUCUUUGGACUUACAAGAGAUUGGUCACGAGAAUGAUUCUUUAACAGGAUCACAACCUUCUGAUUCUGAUCCUAAUCUAGCAGCCACUUCGACUACUGAAAUGUCUCUGGAUACUGCAUUAAGAGGACCACCUAAAAGAUUAGAUCAAUCCACCAGAGAUACGUCAAAGAUUGAGAAAGGGGUUACGAGUCCUAUGAAUCCAAUGCCCGAUGUUAAUCCUAUUGAGAGUGAAAACUUGCCCACAACACCAUUCUUGAAGGAGCGUGAAGAUGCCGACUGGAAAAGAGCUGAAUAUUUAAUCAAGACAGAGGGAAGAGAAGAAGUGGAACUCAUAAACUCUAGCACUCGGGGAUUUGUUGCAUCUUUUGGUUCUUUGAUCGGGUUUUUGCCUUAUCGAAAUCUUGCCACCAAGUGGAAAUAUUUAGCUUUCGAGUCUUGGUUGAGGAAGAAAGGUUUAGAUCCUGCUGUUUACAGGCAAAGUCUUGGGGUUAUUGGAGGCUAUAAUGCUACAAGCAAGACAACUCCUAACCCAAGCGUAGAUCCUAAAAAGAUCGAGGGUGAAAUAUCAGCCGAUAUGAAACUUGAAGAUCUUCUUGCUAUUUAUGAUCACGAAAAACUCAAAUACUUGUCAUCGUUUGUCGGUCAGAAAAUAAAAGUAAAUGUCGUCUUGGCAGAUAGAGAAUUGAACAAGCUAAUAUUUUCGGCAAAGCCGAAAGAGAAGGAGGAAUCAGUCGAGAGAAAGCGAAGUCUCAUGGCUAAGCUUAGUGUUGGAGAUGUCGUGAAGUGUUGCAUCAAAAAGAUUACUUACUAUGGUAUUUUCGUCGAGGUCGAAGGAGUACCUGCGUUGAUUCACCAGACUGAAGUAUCGUGGGACGAUACCUUGGAUCCCAUAUUGAAUUUCAAAAUCGGGCAGGUUGUUGAAGCAAAGGUUCAUCAGUUAGAUUUUUCACUCGAACGGAUAUUUUUGUCGUUGAAGGAAAUUACGCCAGAUCCGUUGACCGAAGCUUUGGAGGCUGUUAUCGGUGAUCAAGCUAACUUGGAUGGAAGAUUAAAAGCAGCCGAACCCGAUGAGGAGUGGGCUGACGUUGAUUCGCUUGUGAAAGAACUAGAACAAUACGAAGGCGUUGAGCUAGUAAAGAAAGGGCGGUUUUUCUUGAGCCCCGGUUUGGCACCGACAUUUCAGGUUUAUAUGGCAUCCGUGGUCGAGAAGGAGUACAAAUUGCUUGCUCGAGCUGGAAACAAAGUACAAGAGGUGAUCGUUGAGACGUCGAUGGGGAAAGAAGAGAUGAAAUCAGCGAUUCUAACAUGCACCAACAGAGUCUGAAUGAUUAUUUGUGUAUAGUUUGUGUGAAGAAAUUAAGAGUUAAUUGUUGUUAUUGAUUUAGUGGUAUAUGCAAGUUUGUAGCUACAUGCAUAUAACUUAUUGAACUAGACCUGGCUUAUUAGGUUAUGCUUGUUGGUCCACUUCAUAUGGAAGUUACAUCACAUGUUGGCUUUUGGUUGUUAUGUAUGCAUCAUGUGAUGUGUUCCUUUGUUUCU